AUCUAGAGAGAAUUUCCUCCCAAAUAUUCUUUCAUAAUUCUUUCAUGGUAUCGGAGCCAAAACCCUAGAAAUUUUCUACGACUACUGUUCACGAUCGCCCGACAUGGCGUCCAUCGAUCGUUGCUCAGUUUUAGUCGGUUGUUGCUGUUGCCGGAUAACGGAACGGUCGACCGUUGCUCUAGAACGGUCGAGCACGUCGACCGUCCCGUCGGCAGAUUGUUUGAUUGAUGCUGUUGUUGCUUCGUCCGCCAACGCCGUACGCCACUCUGCUACCGCCAUGGCCGAUGAAGAACCAAGAAAGAUGUUUUUCUCGCUAUCAUCGUGUGUUUCUAGCUUGAAGCUUUCAGAAAUUGGUAUGGGUGAGCAGGAAGGAGGACUUUAUUACUUUAAGGAGCCUGAAAAGAAGAUGGUGUGCAGUGCGAAAAAGGAGAGUAAGUUUGAUCUUUGGCACAAACGACUUGGACAUCCUUCCUCUCAUGUUUUGUCUCUUGUUCUUGAAGUUGGAACAAGUGCUUCUCUUGAUACAGGAACCACAAAUGAGGUUAGCUCUUAUGAUGAAGAUGAAGAACUGCGGACGGAAGAACAAAUGGACCGUUCCAGGAGGGACAGUCGACCGGAGGAAAGCAGCAGAGCUGACCGGCUACAGACGGUCGACCUGAUCGACCGUUCCGAUGCCCACGGUCGACCGUCAGAGAGGCAGAAUGACGGAUCCCUAGGAGAUGACCGAACGGUCGAUCUGAUGGACCGUCCUGAUAUCCACGGUCGACCGUUCGAGAGGCAGAAUGACGGUUCUUUGGGAGAUGAUCAAACGGUCGACCGUGAUGAGGAAGACGGUCGACCGCGUCCGAGGCAGAAAGUUAGCGAUCUAGAACAGCUCCAAACGGUCGACCCCGUGGACCGUUCCACGGACGGCAGUCGACCGUCCCCUUCCCAGCCAGCGGUGGAGAACUUGGGACGUGGUCAGCGUGAGAAACGUCCAAAUGUACGCCUUGCUGAUUAUGUUACCCAUGUGGUUUCUCAAUCUGUGAGAGCCUAUAUAUACAUGUCUACUUUGUAAAUUGAACACAAGAAAUCCAGAGAGAAUUUCCUCCCAAUUAUUCUUUCAUAAUUCUUUCAAGAUUCAAUCAGAUCAUAUCAUAAUUUCAAAUAAUCAUAUCAUAUCAAGCGAAUGGAUCACAACCUAAUCUAGGACGUUUUUUUUUUUUUGCAUAAAGGUUGAAUCCCCAA